AUGUUUGUCUCAAAUCGGUGGGCGUCUUUAUCUCUGAACGAUGACACUUUAGAAUCUGUUUAUGGCCAUUUUGUCCAAAGAGAAGUCGACCCAACCAACCAACCAACCAACCAAUCUAUCUAUCUAUCUAUCUAUCUAUCUAUCUAUCUAUCUAUCUAUCUAUCUAUCUAUCUAUCUCAGUCUGUUCAUACUAUCUAUAAAUCUGUCCCACAAUAUGUAUGUCUAUAUAAUUCUGUUCUUUAUCUAUCUAUCUAUCUAUCUAUCUAUCUAUCUAUCUAUCUAUCUAUCUAUCGAUUGAUCGAUCGAACUAUCUAUCUAUCACUUUCUCUUUCGGUCUCCUGUUUCCAUCUAUCUAUCUCAUUCUCAUUCUAUCUCAUUCUCUUUCUAUCUCUCUAUCGGUGUAUCUACUUGAUUUGUAGUUGUCGUUUACCGUAUACUUUUUCUUCUUACUUGACUUUUCUCUCUAUAACUUUUUACCGGAUAACUGGAUUCCGGAUUCCCGGUUUCUACGUAACGUUCGAAGUCUUUUUUUUAUACCCGAGGAACAUUUCUCUAAUUCUCAUUACCUCUGUUUUUCUCCCUCACUCUCUUGACAUUUCCCUCUCUAUCGGUUUUCUUUUUCCUUUUUAUUCAGAUUCUUACUCUCUGUCCCCAAUCGAAGCCCGUUUAUUCCAAGGUGCCCUUUUAUUCCAGCCUGCUCCGUUAGUCCAGUCUGUUAUUUCACCAUGUCGAUUCCUUCCAGACUGUCUUUACAUUUCUCCCCACACUUUCAUUCUACACAAAACUUUUACUCCAGCACUCCAUCAUGCCCUUUUAUUCCACCCAGCCUUUCAUUCUAGCCAAUCCACCCUGUUUUUCCACCCUAUCCUCCUUUCCACCCAGCCCGUUUAUUCUCGCUACGCCUAUAUUCCACCGAUCCCGUUUAUUCCGCCAUGCCGGUUUUAUUCCAUCCAUCUUGUUAUUCCACCUUACACUUCCAUUCGAUCCUGCCUAUUUGUGCCACCCUGUUUUUCUAUUCCAUUCUGCCCGUUUAUUAUGUCCUACACUUUUAUUAAAACUUAUGUUCUUAUAUUCCACUUUACCCGAUUAUUCUACCUAUUAUUUUUUAUUCAAACGUGCGUGCUUAUUCCGGUUUAUUUAGCCCAGCCAGUAUAUUAUCGCCUGCCCGUUUAUUCCACCCUACUCACUGAUUCCAGCCUUCUCUUCUAUUCAAACCAGUUACAUCCAGCCAUUUUUAUGCUUACCUAUCCUUUUAUUCGAAAUUCCCUGUUCAUUCCCGCCUAG